CUCUUCUCUUGAGUAUCUCUCUCUAGUCUCACUCAGCUCUCCUGAAGAUCUCCAUCUGUUUCUGAAUCUCCUGCUAAACAUGGCACCAGUCGGAUCAAAGAGGGGUGUUCUGGAGCGCAUGGACGCGGGUGAGGUGGUGAUUGGAGACGGAGGCUUCGUGUUCGCGCUGGAGAAGCGAGGAUAUGUGAAGGCCGGGCCCUGGACUCCAGAGGCCGCUGCUGAGCACCCAGAGGCCGGUGAGACUCGCCAAACGUUGCACAACUCUGGUCUCAGAUCAGCGUGCAAAGAUUACAGCCAAAGACUGACAGAGAUGUUUGCUGACCGUGCGCAGGGCCAGCAGAUCAACGAGGCCGCCUGCGAUCUGGCCAGAGAAGUAGCCAGCGAGGGAGACGCUCUGGUGGCCGGCGGAGUCUCGCAGACGCCCUCCUACCUCAGCUGCAAGAGCGAAGACGAGGUCAAGAAGAUCUUAAAGAAGCAGCUGGACGUCUUCAUCAAGAAGAAUGUGGACUUCCUGAUCGCCGAGUACUUCGAGCACGUGGAGGAGGCUGAAUGGGCCGUCCAGGUUCUGAAGGCAACAGGAAAGCCUGUAGCAGCAACUCUGUGUAUUGGACCUGAAGGAGACAUGCAUGGAGUGACACCUGGAGAGUGUGCGGUCAGACUAGUCAAAGCAGGCGCUGAUAUUGUGGGUGUGAACUGUCACUUUGACCCCAUGACCUGUGUGAAGACCGUGGCCAUGAUGAAGGCCGGCGUGGAGAAAGCUGGUCUGAAAGCACAUUAUAUGACACAGCCGCUGGCGUAUCACACACCAGACUGCAGCUGCCAGGGAUUCAUCGACCUGCCAGAGUUCCCCUUCGCUCUGGAGCCGCGGAUCCUCACGCGCUGGGAGAUGCAGCAUUACGCCAGAGAGGCCUAUAAGGCGGGAAUCCGUUACAUCGGCGGCUGCUGCGGGUUUGAGCCGUACCACAUCCGCGCCGUGGCCGAGGAGCUGGCAACCGAGAGAGGAAUCCUGCCCGAAGCCUCUCAGAAACACGGCGUGUGGGGCAGCGGCCUGGAGAUGCACACCAAACCCUGGGUCCGAGCCCGGUGAGUGCCAUCCGCUCAAUAAAUUCUAGAAUAUUGUACUUGAUACUUCUAGAAUCACAAAAUGAAACAUGGUUAAUUAAUUUAAUAUAUCAUCAUUCUGAAUUUUAAUACAAAAAAUGUUUGAAAACAAGCAGCUAUGUCAUAAUUAUAGCAGAAAUAUCAUAAACACCUUCUUUUAAAUAUUGUACUGGAAAAUGAGGGGAACAAAACUCUGUCUCCUCACUCUGACAGUGUCGGUGUAAUGCAUUA